AUGCCAUUCCUUUCACCUCACCACAUUUGGAAGGUGUCACUUGCCACUCUCACACUCGGGCAAUGUGGCUAUGCCAAUCCUCACCCGGCACUACUCCCUGAAGAUGGCAUUGCUCUAGCCGCAGAUACGCUGGAGAGCCAAGCCUCGAUUCCUUACGCGGGAGAAGAGAGGGUGCUCGUCCCAGAGGGCCUGUCAGAUAACCUUGAGCUUGACACCAAUGACGAUUCCAAUCACACGCUACAAUACGGUGGAUGCUACAAGAUCCAGGCUGAUGGAAGUUGGCUGGGAUCAGACUCCCACCCUUGGAGCUACUACCUCUUUGGAGGUUAUUCAAACUCCAGAACGUUCCAGGUUUGUCGACUCAUGACCUCCUGCCAGCGUCAGAAUACAGACGACCAGGAGGUGCGCCACCGAGGUAACUUAUACCUGUGGGAUUUCCGUGGCAAUCACUAUUCUCGCAACGGAGAAUUCGUCGCCAACAACAAUCUCAACUACUUCUACCCAGCGGGCCUUGGCAACAGAAACUACGCGUAUUUUGAGGCUCGCAUGGAAGACUGCGACGAUAUAACCAACCCCAGGGAUAGCUGCUAUAUGAACCUAAUCCUGACGGGCCAGGCAUCUAAUAACAAUGGCAUCGAAAUCAGACCCAAUAAAUAUCUCUACAACGCAUACAAUGGGAAGAGUGUGACGGUCCAGUUCCGUCGGGUGAGGUGUCCACUUGAUUAG